GUCCAGCAUCUGAGGUUUCGACAGCACAGGUAACAUCACGCAUGUAAAUAGUGUAGAAUGGAGUGGAACGACCAGCUAUCUAACUGCGAAUCGGAAGUGUUUUGAAAUCCGCGGUUAGCGAAAAAAGGGUCGCUUGGUUGCUCUACGCGCUUUCAAUGGUCAAUUUGCGGUUUAGGAAUCGAGGCAAUUGGUGAUAAGAAGCGCGUGAGAGAAGAAAGAAGGAGGACGAGGAGACGCAGGAUUUUAAAGGAAACAGCGACCGACAGGCCCGUGCGAGCGGCCGCGCCAAGCGCAACUCUCGAAAAGUUGCAGCGACGGCGGAGUGUAGCAAUCGAGAUAGAGUCCACGUCGUGUGUCUUUCAUAUAUAUCCACCAUGAACUCAGGCCAAAGAACUGCCAGGCGGCUGGUCGCAACAUCGACCCGCUCGACAACGGAAUCUGUUUGCAACUCUUGCCUCGCUCAAAUAUCUCAAUACCGCUCAGCAUCUACUGCCGCAGCUGUCGCUCCUUCAGCGCCAACCUCGUCGCAAUCUCAGGAUGCAUCUGCCUCUCCAGCCGUCCGACCAGCAUACCAGCUACGUACUGGCGUAGUACUAUCACGACCUCCCGUUCUCACACGCGCCCUCCACCCAUUCGAGAAGGCCUUUUUCCUCUACCAAAAACGAUUGAAUGAACGUCUGGCUCUCCCAUUCACACGCUACUUCUACUACAAGAAAGGAACACCGGGCGACCGUGAAUGGAAGCGCAAGAUGAAGCUGAGGCAGACCCCUGCCCGUGAUAUCGGUGUCUACAAUGCCUACAGCGAGGCUGGUUGGGCUGACGAAGUUCUCGUCAACGACAAGACGAGCGAGCCCGAGUCGCAAGUCGAGGCUUUGAUCAGGGACGCUGAGGGAACCGACGGCGAAGCAGGAGUCAAGAGAGAGACCAGCCAGGAUAUUGUUGUACAACGACCAUUGCCUAGAAUCACAGAGGAAGAUCAGAAGGGCGACCAAACCAGCUUGAACAGAUUACUCGACAGAACCUUGUAUUUGCUGGUCAAGAACAAGAACGGUGUCUGGAGAUUCCCCGAGGACGAGAUCAAGGGACCCGAGGGUCUGGACCAGGCUGCCGAACGUAUCAUCGUACAAGCAGGAGGCAUCAACAUGAACACAUGGGUCGUUGGAAACGCACCCGUCGGCCACUACUCGGGCAACUUCAAGAAGACUAUUACCAACACAGAGAAGAACGUCGAAGAGGUGGGUGAGCGAACUUUCUUCAUGAAAGCUCGUAUCAUGGCUGGUCAGGCGAACCUCAAGGCAAACGCAUAUGGCGACAAGGAGUUUAAGUGGUUGUCGAGCGAAGAGAUUCAGCAGACCGUCACUCCUAAGUACUGGAGCUCCAUCGCCAAUAUGCUUGCUGGCAGAUAAAGCGGCAGCGGAAACACCUUUGUAUAAACUUUGUACAUUAUCAAUGGAGGCGACUUGCCAUGGGAUAUCAGGCUUGUUCAUGAACACCAUUUUCAUGCAUCGAUAACGCAGAGCACAACACUUCUGAUUGUCUUAUUCAUCAUGCA